ACUUCCGUCUUCCGGUGGCUCCUGUUGCCAGGGUAACGAGAGGACUGAGGUGUUGGGGUCCGGGAAGCAGCUCGAGACCCUGAGGUGAAGAAGAGCCUCGGCGGCGGCGCCUUUUCUUCCUAGGGGACCCAGGGCGAGUUGGUAGCGUGCCUGAGCACAAGAGGAAGCAGUGUGCGCCACACAACCACCUCUGGCUCUUCCUCAACUCCACGGGUAUACCUGGAAAGCAAUCAGACAAUACACAAACCAUAAACUUUACUGAAAGGACACAGAAAGAAUGGCCAGUGGUCCAGGAGGUCAUGCACCUCUCUCCAAUCAGAAAUCGAUACCUUGGGAAUGUUCUCGAACAAAGAAAUUACAGGUCACUGAAGAGGAGCUGUUUUAUAUGAAUUGUAGAGCUGCCUAUCUAACUGUUUUUAAAAGCAGUUUAGAAAAUAUUAUGUCAAGAGAUCAACUCUGCAUAGCACUUCAGAAAGCAGGAAGAAAUCCUUCCCAAAAGACAAUUGAUAAGUACUGGACUCCUCAAACUGCUAAGCUGAAUUUUGAUGAUUUUUGUGCAAUUUUAAAAAAAGAAAAGCCUACUUCAAAAUCAGAACUAUUAAAAGCAUUUAAGAAAAUAGAUGUAAAUAAUGAUGGCUAUAUUUUACACACUGACCUUUAUAAAAUUCUUACAAAGAGAGGGGAUAAAAUGACACCAGAGGAAUUGAGUGCUAUACUCAAUUUGGCUGAUGUAAAUGUGGACGGCAAGCUUGACUACAAUAAGUUUUGUAAAUUAUAUGUGACAACCAAUGAGCAGUGUCUCAAGACUGCACUAGAAAAACUGGAAAUUGAUAGUAAAAUGAGGCUUCAGCAAUUAGGAAGUCACCUGGAAGGAUCUCCAGAGAGUGCCAUAUCACCAAUAGCAAAACCGUCCCUGAGAAUUCCAAGGAAUAUUGAUCAGGAAACUAUGCUCAAUAGAGGGGAUGGCCGAAAUUCUUCUCUACCAUUACCAGCUCGAAAGUAUAAAACAUCUGUUUCUUUUAAUAUCAGCAUGGGGGCUAACAGCUGUAGAAACUCAAAGCUACUUGAGCCAAACUCACUCAAGGAAUGGCAAUGUGCUCAGUCAAAGGGCUGUUUCUUCUUGGAAGAAAAUGGUGAAAUUAUUAGUCAUCAAUACAAAGUCCACUUAUCCCAGCGGUCCUCAGUUUAUCUUACUAUUAGACCACUGAACCUCAGUCAAGAAGAAGGAUCACCAUCUCCUUGGUUGUCAGUGGACACUGCUUUGUAUCUCUUCAAGGAAAACGAAGGCCAAGCGAACCUACAGCUCAUGUGUUUUACCGAAUUGCGGAAUAGAGAACUGUAUGGAUGGAGUGGUGAAUUAGGAUCAGGACUGUAUUAUUUAAUUCCAUUCACAACUGGCUGUUGGCUGAAGAAGGAAAAGAAACACAUUACGGAGGAAGCCAUGCUUGUGGGCAGAGGUGAAAAGGGAGAGUUGUUUCUUACAAAGAAGUUUAGAUCAGCUUUAUCAGACAUAUUUGAUAUAAUUGAUUUAGAUGGAAAUGAUCUUCUUAGCCUUGAUGAAUAUAACUUUUUUGAACUGAGGACAAGUGGUGAGAAAUGUGAUGAAGAUGCUUGGGCUAUCUGCAAAGAGAAUUUUGAUACAAAGAAGAAUGAACUGACAAGGCAGGGAUUUAUGGAUCUCAACCUAAUGGAAGCCAGUGAUCGAGAAGGAGAUCCUAGUGAUCUCUGGGUGACUCUGCACUCAAUGGGUUUCAACAAAGCCCUGGAAAUGGUAGAGGCUUGCCCAUUCAUCAUUGACAUCCACGCAGAGAAAUGCCGGCCCAGAAUUAAAGCUGUUCACAUGGGAUCGGGCACUGGUCAUUUUGAGAAAGCCAUUUGCAAGUCUGUCAUUAGCAAAGGCGAUGUCAAAACUAUGGACCAUGAGAAUAUCUUUCUACAUACCUAUAAAAGUGAUUUCCGGAUAACGACAGUUCUUGAAAAUAAGUCAGAAAAGAAAGUGAUUAUUCAUGUCAACAAUGAGUUAAGUAAAAACUGCUUAAAUAACAGAGGUCUCAACAUUUUCGCUGUGGAGGUGGCGCCCAAGUCUACAAUGGUGUGUCAGCACGUGGUGCCGAUGAAUGAGCGCCAGGAGUGGGUCUAUAACUGUGUGUACUCGCUCGUGUCUUGAGGGCCCCGCGUGGAAAGUGACUGCUCCGAGACUGCCCGAGGGCGCUGACCAUUGAGUCGUGAGGACGUACCCUGGUACAAACCACUUCUCUGAGCUCCCCUCCCUCUUGGCUGUUGUGUAUUGUGUGUGUGUAAGAGAGAGAGAGAGAGAGAGAGAGAGAGAGAGAGAGAGAGAGAGAGAGAGUUAAGUGUGUUGCAUUUUCCUUAUCUGGGUUCUAGAUCCAUGGCAUAUUUUGCUUUUUUAAAAAAAUAAUAUAAUAUUUUCUUCCUGAUUUGUAAUAGUGUCAACCGAUUGUAAAUAAGUCUUUGGCACAGCAACAUUAAAUGAUUUAUUUUAUAUAAAAUA